AUGUAUAGCUACAAACGUAUGGCCUGUCCAAACUGUCCACACCCAGAGUUGGUCUACGGUCAGACCAGACCAAGGACGGCUAGCACCGCGGGGGACAACUCCUGUGUCUCGGCUAGUGGUGGACAAAAUCCGGAUAACACCGACGCUUCUGUCUUUUUAAUUUUAGAAAAUCCGGAAGUAAUAUUUCGCGAGUGGGCGGACCAGUACGGCGAUAUCGUGUCGGUGAACACGCUGUUACGUCAAGUAGUUUUCGUCAAUAGUUCAAGGCUCGCUCGUAAACUUGUGUGCGAUCCAAGCACAAGAGAAGUCACCAACGACAGACCGCCCACGUUCAUGGGAAGAGUUUUCUUUUAUGACUCUCAAGACAUUUUGAUGGGGCGUUAUGGAAAAGACUUGCUCAAGAGAAGGAAAAUCUUUCAUUACGUACUAAAGUUUUAUGGCCAAGGUGUCCACAACUUUGAAGCACUGAUGAAAUCAACGUCCAAGGACCUGUGUCAUCGCUUAACUCAGAACGAUGGGGACAUAUCUUUAUCGAAAGAGCUUGCUCAUUACAUUCGGUGGGUGGUCGGGCUUCUACUCAAAGGACCGGAGACGUGUGAAGAAGAUUUAGAUGCCUUGAUUGGGUUUAUCGAUAGAGCAAAUGAGUGUUUCAUUUUUGAAAAGGAAGUAGUCUUAGAAACAGUUCCUUUUGCGCCUCACAUUCCUGGACUGGCAUUGAAGAAGCUUGUGGGUGACCUAAAAGUGGCCCAAGAAGUGAUGAAACAGAGAUUUUUUCUGGCUAUUCGAGAAACUUACCAGAAAGGGGAAAGAACUGGUAUAGUUACUGACAUGUUAGACCAGCAGGCAGAGCUAAAGGAGAAAGGAAACGCCUCCGAAAUGCCUGAUGAAUUAAUCAUUGGUUUAGUCCAGGACAUCGCUGCUGCUGCCUAUGCCACAACGGUAGCGACAUUGAAAACAUUAUUUUUGCAGCUCUUGGUGGAUCAAAACCUUCAGGACCGCAUACAUGCAGAGAUCUGUGAAGUGAUAGGAGAUGAAAGCCCUGGCUUUGAACAUAGAAGGCACAUGCCGUUCACAGAAGCAACUAUCCUGGAGACCUUGAGAUAUUCAUCAGUUGUGCCUUUUCUGCUACCUCACUACGCCAAUGGGGACAUUCAUUUUGAGGGACAUUUCAUUCCUAAAGGUACUUUUCUUAUCCUGAACGCCUGGUACUUCCACCAUAGAGAUGACUCCUGGGAAGACCCCUGGAAGUUCAAACCAGAGAGGUUCCUGGACUCUGAAGGUCAACUCCUCGACCCAGAACAUCCCACACGACAGAAGCUUAUUCCUUUUGGGACUGGGAAAAGAUCUUGUCCUGGUGAAAGUUUUGCGAGGAUUCGCGUCUUUUUCAUCGUGGUCACUUUGCUUCAGAAGUAUCGGUUUUUGCCCCCCGUUGAUGACCCGCUCCCGUCUGUUCAUCCACGGGACUGGAAAAUAAAGGCAGUGAUUUCUCCAGACGAAUACAAGUGCCGAAUGGAACCCAGAUCCACAGGCGCGGCGGAAACUUGUAAUACAUAAAUAGAACUGAGCUAAAGCAUUUCUGAAAAAACAAACCCAAUGACUUGUAUAUAUACAUGGACAUAUAAAUAUUAUAACAUAUAUAAUAUGCAAGACUGACACCUUGGACCUAAUGAUGGUUUGAUUUGGAACGCAGCAUUCGACUCAUGUUUGGAACCAAAUUUGAAGGCAGGGGGGGGGGGGA